AUGAAGUGCUCAAAGAUCCUGGGAAUAAGCCUGGUGAUUCUGGCCGGGUGGGCCCUGGGCACUGCCGGCUCCGAGCCGGGCCGGACACGUAAGAGAUCUCUGGCCCAGAUAGGGCACCUGCAGCAGCUGCUGUCGGAAGGGGACCGCUGUUGGCUGGGCGCCAAGGUUCGAAGACCCCGAGCUUCUCCCCAGCAUCACCUCUUUGGGGUCUACCCCAGCAGGCCAGGCAGCUACCUGAGGCCCUACCCUGUGGGGGAUCUGGGCCCCCACCAUGCAGGACGCAGUGAGCCAGCCACCGAGGGCAUGGCAGGUGCCGGAGUGAGCGGUGAGGCUGAGCAGCCAGCUGCCCCGUGGGGAGGGGACGGUCCUAUCGGGCAGUCUGCGCCGCUGGGAGAUGAUGACAUUUAUCUCGACGAUGGAGGAUCCAAGCUGUCUCUGCGUGAGGCUGGGACUCGUGAGCGCUCGGCCACGGCCGCCGCUGUCACCGCCCGCUUCGCACACCGGAAGGAACCCAGACUGGGGACCCGGGGGAAGGGUCGGGCCAAGACCAGGCGGCGUCGCCAGGUGGCGAAGGGGCAGGCAGAGGGCGUGCAGGCAGACCCCGACGCCUCUCCCCGGCACUUCCAGCCUUUGCCUAAGCGUCCCCUUAUGCUCAGGGUCAGAACCAGUGCCCUCGAGGACAGCAUCCAGAACGGAGAAGGGGACCCCUCCUGGGAAGCAGAGACCUCGCAGCCCCGUGGAGGAAGGUUGCCCGUCCUGUACUUCUCGGGGAGGCGGGAGCGGCUGCGGCUGCGGCCGGAAGUGCUGGCUGAGAUUCCCCGGGAGGCGUUCACGGUGGAAGCCUGGGUGAACCCAGAGGGAGGACAGAGCAACCCAGCCAUCAUCACAGGUGUGUUUGAUAACUGCUCCCACACUGUCAGUGACAAGGGCUGGGCCCUGGGCAUCCGCUCGGGGAAGGACACGGGCAGGCGGGAUGCUCGCUUCUUCUUCUCCCUUCGCACCGACCGUGUGAAGAAAGCCACCGUCGUGACUGGCCACGGGCGCUACCAGCCAGGCACGUGGACGCACGUGGCGGCCACUUACGAUGGACGGCGUAUGGCCCUGUAUGUGGAUGGCACUCAGGUGGCCAGUAGUCCAGAGCAGUCCGGCCCCCUGCACAGCCCCUUCAUGUCGUCUUGCCGCUCUGUGCUCCUGGGGGGGGAUAGCUCUGAGCACGGGCACCAUUUCCGCGGACACCUGGGCACACUGGUCUUCUGGUCAACGGCCCUCUCACAAAGCCACCUCCAGCACAGUCCUCAGCAUCCGAGUGGGGUGGAGGAGCUGACCACUCUGGUCCUGACGGCCAGUUUCGAGCCCCUGGAAGAACAGUGGGCCCCCUUUAGAGAGGAGAAGUACCCACGACUUGAGGUUCUCCAGGGCUUUGAGCUGGAGCCUGAGAUCCUGUCACCUUUGCAGCCCCCACUCUGUGGGCGGACGGCUUGUGACAACGUAGAACUCAUCUCCCAGUACAACGGGCACUGGCCCCUUCGCGGGGAGAAGGUGAUACGCUACCAGGUGGUGAAUAUCUGUGACGACGAGGGCCUGAACCCCACGGUGAGUGAGCAGCAGAUCCGCCGGCAGCACGAGGCUCUGAACGAGGCCUUCGGCCGCUACAACAUCACCUGGCAGCUGAGCGUCCAGCGGGUCCACAACUCCACGCUGCGCCUCCGGGUCGUGCUUGUCGGCUGCGAGCCCGGCAAGAUUGGCAAUGACCACUGCGACCCUGAGUGCGAGCACCCGCUCACAGGCUAUGACGGGGGCGACUGCCGCCUGCACGGCCGCUGUUACUCCUGGAACCGCAGGGAUGGGCUCUGCCACGUGGAGUGCAACAACAUGCUGAACGACUUCGACGAUGGGGACUGCUGUGACCCCGAGGUGGCUGACGUGCACAAGACCUGCUUCGACCCCGACUCGCCCAGGAGGGCGUACAUGAGCGUGAAGGAGCUGAAGGAGGCUCUGCAGCUCAACAGUACUCACUUCCUCAAUGUCUACUUUGCCAGCUCAGUAAAGGAAGACCUUGCAGGUGCUGCCACCUGGCCGUGGGACAAAGAAGCCAUCAGUCACCUGGGUGGCGUGGUCCUCAACCCAGCGUAUUACGGCAUGCCUGGCCAUACCAAUAUCAUGAUCCAUGAAGUGGGACAUGUCCUGGGACUCUACCACGUCUUCAAAGGGGUCAGUGAGAGAGAAUCCUGUGAUGAUCCCUGUAGGGAGACGGUGCCAUCCAUGGAGACGGGAGACCUCUGUGCCGACACUGCCCCUACUCCCAAGAGUAAGCUGUGCCAGGACCCAGAGCCUACCAAUGACACCUGUGGCGUCACCCACUUCCCAGGAGCUCCGUUCAGCAACUAUAUGAGCUAUACAGAUGAUGACUGCACUGACAGCUUCACUCCUAACCAGGUGGCCCGAAUGCAUUGCUAUUUGGACCUUGUAUACCAACAGUGGAGUCAAAGCCAGAAGCCCACCCCCAUUCCCAUCCCCCCCAUGGUCGUCGGGCAGACCGGCAAGUCCCUUACGAUCCACUGGCUGCCUCCGAUCAGUGGAGUCGUGUAUGACAGGAGCCUGGGCAGCGUGUGUGACGCCUGCGCCGAAGAUGGGACGUUCCGUCAGUAUGUACACUCGGCUUCCUCUAGGCGUGUGUGCGACUCCUCAGGUUACUGGACUCCAGAGGAGGCAGUGGGCCCUCCGGACGUGGAUCAGCCCUGUGAGCCCAGCCUGCAGGCCUGGAGUCCCGAACUCCACCUGUACCACAUGAACAUGACAGUCCCCUGCCCCGCGGAAGGCUGUAGCCUGGAGCUGCUCUUCCGGCACCCUGUCCAGGCCGACACCCUCACCCUGUGGGUCACCUACCUGUCCAUGGACUCCCCCCAGGCCCUGUUCGAUGUGGAGAUCUUGCUAGAACACCGGGAGUCUGUGCACCUGGGCCCCUUAGACACAUCCUGUGACACCCCGCUCACCGUCAAACUGCAUGUUGACGGGGAGGUGUCGGGCGUGAAAGUGUACACCUUCGAUGAGCGGAUGGAGAUCGACGCUGCUCUCCUGGCUUCGCGGCCCCGCAGUCCCCUGUGCUCUGGCUGCAGGCCUGUGACAUACCAGGUUCUCCGCGAGCCCCCAUUCGCCAGCGGCUCGCCCGCCGCGGUGACACAUCCUCACAGGAAGUUCACGGACGUGGAGGUCAGGCCUGGGCAGAUGUAUCAGUACCAAGUUCAAGCUGUAGCAGGAGCAGAACUGGGAGAAGCGUCGCCUCCUCUGAGCCACGUCCACGGAGCUCCUUACUGUGGAGAUGGGAAGGUGGCAAGGAGCUUGGGAGAAGAGUGUGAUGACGGUGAUCUGUUGAGUGGAGAUGGCUGCUCAAGGGCGUGUGAACUGGAGGAAGGCUUCAAGUGUGUAGGGGAGCCAAGCCUGUGUUAUAUAUAUGAGGGAGACGGGAUAUGUGAGCCUUUUGAGAAGGAAGCCAGCCUUAUAGACUGCGGUCUCUAUACUCCUGAUGGAUACCUGGAUCAGUGGGCCACCCACGCUUCCUCCUCCCAUGAAGACAAAAACAAGUGUCCCGUUUCCGUGGUAACAGGAGAACCUCAUUCCAUGAUUUGCACAUCGUACCAUCCAGAUUUACCAGAGCAGCGUCCCCUCGCUGGCUGGUUUCCCUGUGUCACCAGUGGAAAUGGACCUCGGGGUGAAGGGAGUGAGCAGCGAGAAGGUAGCCUGGAGAGAGACGAUGAGGUUUGGCUCAAAGUGUGUUUCAGUAGACCAGGAGUGGCCGUGGCAAUUUUCGUCUUCUUAGCAUCUGAUGGCCUGGCAUCUGGGAAACAUCCGAGGCCAACGGCGACCCUCCACCUGACUGAUGUCAAUGGAAACAACCACUCUCUUGGAACCUAUGAGCUGUCAUGCCAGCAGAACCCACUGGUUAUCAAUGUGACCCAUCGCCCGGACGUCCUCGCCCACCAUACCACCGCAGCGCUGCUGAACUUCUCAUCCUCGCUGGUGGGCAUCUCAGCGGUGGCUCUAAGGACAUCUUCCCACACAAGUCUUUCAGCCCCCAAUAAUUGCAUCCCAGAGCAUGAGGGGCGGAAUCAUCAGGGACAGAGCUGUGUCCAUCGGCCGUGUGGGGAGCAGGGCAGCUGUGCCCCACUGCCGCUUGAUCAUGCGGAUGUGGUGAACUGUACCUCUGAUGGCCCAGGUCACAUGAAGUGCGCUAUCACCUGUCAAAAGGGAUUUGCUCUUCAGGACAGCAGUGGGCAGUACCUCAGGCCCUUACAGAAGGAAAUUCUACUCACAUGCUCCUCUGGGCACUGGGAUCGGGCAGUGAGCUGCAUGGCCCUUGACUGUGGUGUCCCCGACCCGUCCUUGGUGAACCAUGCAACCUUCUCCUGCUCAGAGGGGACAAACUUCCGGAAACGCUGCGCAAUCUCCUGUGUCCCACCAGCCAAGCUUCAAGGACUGAGCCCGUGGCUGACCUGCCUGGAAGAUGGGCUCUGGUCACUCCCCGAAGCCUACUGCAAGUUGGAGUGCGACGCGCCCCCCGUGAUCCCGAAUGCCAACUUGCUCCUGCCACACUGCCUCCAGGGCCACCACGACGUGGGCUCCGUCUGCAGAUACGAAUGCAAACCUGGCUACUACGUGCUGGAAAGUGCGGAGAGGAAACUCAGGAACAUGUUCCUGAAGAUCCAGUGCCUGGAGGGGGGAACCUGGGAGCAAGGCAGCUGCGUGCCAGUGGUCUGUGAGCCUCCUUCUCCUGUCUUCGAAGGCAUGUAUGAGUGUACCAAUGGCUUUCAGUUCAACAGCCAGUGUAUGCUCAGCUGUCACCAGGAAAGCGAAAGGCUUCCCACCCGCUGCACUAAGGAGGGACUGUGGACCGAGGAGUUCAGGUUGUGUGAGAAGAUGCAAGGGGAAUGUCCGCCACCCCCCUCAGGUCUGAAUUCUGUGGAGUACAAGUGUGAGCAGGGAUUCGGGAUCGGUGCAGUGUGCUCCCCGUCGUGUAUGAUCCCCCCGAACGAUCCCGUGAUUCUGCCUGAGAAUGUCACCACUGACACUCUGGAGCACUGGAUGGAGCCUGUCAAAGUCCAGAGCAUCGUGUGCACUGGGCGGCGUCAGUGGCACCCAGACCCCGUCCUGGUCCACUGCAUCCAGUCCUGCGAGUCCUCAACUAUCAACAACAGGAAGGUCAUCCCGUUUGCUGCUGACUGCGACUCGGAUGAGUGCACCUGCCGAGACCCCAAGGCAGAAGAAAAUCAGUAA